AUGAGAUACAACAUUAAGGAUGCCGUCGUAAGAUGGAUCCACAAUAUGCUGACGAACAGAACAGUCACAGCAAGCCUAGGAGAGGAGACGGUGAGGGCUGACGUCGCGAGGGGCUGCCCGCAGGGAGGAGUCCUGUCCCCCCUGCUGUGGACCCUUGUGGUUGAUGAACUCAUACGUAUACUCACCACAGAAGGCUUCGAGGUUCAGGGUUACGCCGAUGACCUUACGAUCAUGGUCAGAGGCAGACACCCGCUGGAUUUAGCGAGGAGGUUGCAAAAGGCUAUCACACUCGUGGAAUCCUGGUGUCAAUCACACUCGCUCUCGGUAAACCCGAGUAAAACGGAGUUGGUCCUAUUUACAAGGAGACGACGCUUUUAUUUUAAGGCUCCUUACAUUUUUGGUACGCAACUACAACUCACAGAUGAGGUUAAAUAUCUAGGUGUAAUACUAGACAAAAAACUCACCUGGAAGAACCAUGUGAACAGGCAGACCCAGAAAGCAAUUACCACCUACUGGACCUGCCGUAGAAUGUUUGGCCCCACAUGGGGACUCAAACCAAGAGUGGUCAGAUGGAUAUACCAGGCCAUCCUUGAACCAAUCAUAACGUAUGCGUGGUGGACCUCCAUGAAGAGGGGACCACACAGAAGAGCUAUAGAAAGAAUAUACCGAAUAGCGUUGCUGGGGAUAACAGGUGCGCUCCCCACUACGCCUACCAUGGCAAUUGGUGCGCUGCUUGACAUCAAGCCACCCCAUCUAACAGUGAUGGCAACAGCUUGGAGAGCGGCCAUCCGCCUCCGUCAAGCUGAAGGAUGGUCCCCGGCGAGUGGCGGGCACACCGAGAUCCUUAGGGAUCCGGGAUCGGAAUUAAUUCUGACCCACGGUGAAGACCGCUGCAAGACGGAGUACUUCUUCAGACAGGAAUACGACAUAAUCAUACCAGAAAAGGAGAAAUGGCUGGAAGUCCCUAACGGCAUCCUGACUCCGGGGGGACUGGUCUGGUUCACAGACGGCUCCAAGACCGGAUCUGGCACCGGAGCCGGGGUAGCGGGGGAGAGCCCAAGGGUCGAAAUGAUCCACAAACUGGGCCACCACGUUACGGUCUUCCAAGCAGAAAUGUUUGCCACCUGGGCCUGCGCCAAAUAUAAUCUGGAAAGGGUCCACUCAGGCAAAUACAUUUACAUAUGCAGUGAUAGCCUAGCCGCGCUCAAAGCUCUCCACAAAGUGGAAAUUGGGUCGAAGCUAGUCAGGGACUGUGCACUGACUUUGAGACAGCUAUCUCUGAACAACAGAGUUAAGCUGUUAUGGGUACCAGGGCACGCUGGUAUCCCAGGCAACGAGAGGGCUAACGAACUGGCACGAAUGGGGGCGACAAGCUCCCAGCCAUGCCAUGAGUACCCCAUAGGUGUCUCAACCUAUGCGUUGAAAGGCCUGGCUAAAGACUGGUUAAACCAGGAGUUCACCAAGCUCUGGCACAACGCAAACGGCAUGAGGCACACGAGGGCCCUACUUAAGGGACCGUCAAUAAAGCUGGGUGACUCCCUAAUUCAUCUGGAUAGGGCGCAAUUGCGCAUGCUCGUGGGCCUAGUGACAGGACACUAG